CCCUCUUUACCCUCUUGACCACCGCCCAUCACCGCACGCUCGAAGACGAUUAGCACACGCCGCUCUUCGAGAAUACCGCAAGCAUGGCGACCAACGGCGACUAUCCGUCGGAUGAAGAGACGCCACCGCAAUCCCCGGCCCACAAUGCGCAGCAGACUGGCGACGACGGCGACGUCGAGGAGGUGAAGCCAAAGGGCCCAGCAGCCGCCCCCCGAUCCGCCCUGAAGAAGACGAAUCAAGCGGCCGCAGCAGCAGCAGCGAAACCACAUCUGCCAGAACAACCCGAACCAAAGGACCUGAAAGUCGCAGAACUUACACCACUUUCACCAGAGAUUAUCGCACGACAGGCGACCAUCAACAUCGGCACAAUUGGUCACGUAGCUCACGGAAAAAGUACAGUGGUGAAGGCGAUUUCGGGCGUGCAGACUGUGCGAUUCAAGAACGAGUUGGAGCGGAACAUCACAAUCAAGCUGGGAUAUGCAAAUGCAAAAAUCUACAAGUGCGACGACGAGGAGUGUCCUCGGCCCACUUGCUACCGGAGCUACAAGAGUGAGAAGGAAGUGGAUCCGCCUUGCGAGAGACCUGGAUGUGAGGGCACAUACAGACUGCUGCGACACGUCUCAUUCGUCGAUUGCCCCGGCCACGACAUUCUCAUGAGCACCAUGUUGUCAGGAGCUGCAGUCAUGGAUGCUGCACUUUUGCUCAUUGCAGGAAAUGAGACCUGCCCACAACCACAGACAUCCGAACAUUUGGCAGCUAUCGAGAUCAUGAAGCUCCAGCAUAUUAUCAUCCUCCAAAACAAGGUCGACUUGAUGCGCGAAGAGGCAGCCACCCAGCACUACGAAUCGAUCAAGAAGUUCAUCCGCGGUACAGUAGCAGAUGACUCUCCGAUCAUCCCAAUUUCCGCUCAGCUGAAGUUCAACAUCGACGCCAUCAACGAAAUGCUGGUCACUCGAAUUCCCGUACCAAUGCGUAAUUUCCAGGACGACCCACAGCUCAUUGUCAUUCGAUCAUUCGAUGUCAACAAGCCUGGAUGUGAGAUUGAUGAUCUGCAAGGUGGUGUUGCUGGUGGCUCUAUCCUCACGGGUAUUCUGAAACUUGGAGAUGAGAUCGAGAUCCGACCUGGUAUCGUGUCGAAGGACGAGGCAGGCAAGAUUCAGUGCAAACCAAUCUACUCUCGCGUCAUGGCGUUGCAAGCUGAGCAGAACAGUCUCAAGUUCGCCGUGCCAGGUGGAUUGAUUGGUGUCGGCACACGCAUUGACCCAACUCUCUGCCGUGCUGAUCGCCUGGUUGGUUUCGUGCUUGGCCUGAAGGGCAAACUGCCGAAGAUCUUUGCUGAGCUCGAGGUCAAUUACUUCUUGUUGAGACGGUUGCUUGGUGUCAAGACAGCCGAUGGCAAGCAAGCCAAGGUCGCCAAACUCACCAAAAACGAAGUGCUCAUGGUUAACGUCGGAUCCACUGCAACUGGCGCUAAGGUCGUCGCUGUCAAGAGUGAUGUCGCUAAACUACAGCUUACUUCGCCGUGCUGCACCGCCAUCAACGAGAAGGUUGCUCUCUCGAGACGUAUCGAGAAGCAUUGGCGUUUGAUCGGCUGGGCUACGAUUCUGAAUGGAGACACGCUUGAUCCCCAAGCGCCUGACAGCUAGACUGCUCCAUACGCAAGUUACGUGGCUACAAAUCUGUUCAUCGCAACAGAUUGCGGCAGAGGAGGUAAUGUAUGAGUAGCGGUCCCAGCUGCUGUGCUGGUUGAUCUGUUCUGGCGACCAGUUACUGGCCGUCCUUUUGGAGCGUUCGAUCGGUGUUCAAAACGACUGCAUGGAAUGGGUGGAGUAUGAUUGAGCGUAGCGAUAGGCACUACAGCCUGUGACCACUCAGACAGACGAUAGAAGAGCAAUGGACAUGAAAAUGAC